GGGUGAAGAAAAAGUAGCUCCGAUGACAGUUGAAGCCCCCCUAUGCUCUGCACUUGCCGACAGCUCAGACUCGAUGGACUGCACCCCCACUCCGAGUCGUGAUCAGAGCCACUCCCUUCAUAUUACAAAUUUCUUCCACACACUACAAACUCUGUUCUGCACCCACACAGGCCAGAAGCUGUAAUUCUACAAGCCGUAGCAUAGAUCCUCUGGUUGAUGUUCUUCUCAACGUUCUUGAAUUCGAACUUCAUUCUUUACUUUGUACAUCGAGGUUCUACAAACUCGAUAUGUCCUCCUUAAUGAUGUGGAAUAAAAGUCACGAUUAUGAUUUAACUGACCAAGAAGACGGUGAUCUCGAAGUAAAGACGCUCAAAUCUUCGUCACAUCGAGCCAGGAUUCAUUUCUUGCUACGAAUUCUCUGCUUUAUGGCCGUUGCAUUUGCCUGGACUUAUUUCGUGGGCUCAAACAGCUACCACGCUGGAGUGCAUCGCAUCGCGACUGAAUAUCAGAAGCUAAAUAUUGAUGUGGACAUGGUCCAUCACACCUUUCACUACGACGAUUCUUUUCCCAAACCUCCUACUUCCAGCAGGAUACACUCCGACUACCCAUGGGCCGAUCUUUAUCCCCAGCAUGGUCCUUAUUUCAACAAAUCUGCGACAAAUCCUGAGAGGUGGACCUUCUCUGUAUUUCACCAACUUCAUUGCGUGAACCGCUUGCGACACGGGUACUGGAAGGCUCAUACAGCUGCAAUGGAAGGGAAAUCAUUGGAGGAUGAGGAUAAGGACCGUUUGACCUCUCCAGAGCAUAUACAGCAUUGUCUCGACUAUUUACGACAGAGCUUGAUGUGUCAUGGUGAUACAACCCUUGAGCCCGAUGAUGUGGGGAUAAAUGGUGCACAUGGAUUUGGCAUUCAGCAUAACUGCAAGAGUUGGAAUCAGUUGCUUCAUGAGACCGAUAAGAGAGUCUUGAAUCCGUACGAGUAAGCUUUGGCUUAGGAGAACUGUCAGAAAUCUAUCUAUUCUCUUAUAGAUUUCUCAUGCUGAAAUUUGGGAGCAAUUUUCGCGUGGUAUGAAAAAGCCAUAGCCUGUCAUGUUUCUUGGUGCGAGGAAGUUUUGGAAAUCAGGAUGUAGCUCA